GCGGAUCAAAGCCUCCACGAGACUGCCACCCAUGAGGACAUUGCUCGCAUUGUGCAAUCAAUACGCGCUCGAGAUGAACGACUGAUGGCUGUCGAGGCGGAGCUGCGCAAAGUCACCGAGGAUUAUCGGCGAUUGCGGGAAGAAUUGCUGCCGGUGUUUAAGAUGGCCAAGGACCGCUCCCAACCGCUUCCAUACCAACCCACGGGCGAUCAUGAUGCUGUCACGUCCCCUGCCACGAAUCAGACCGGAGGUCUGGCAAGGUCCCACUCGCGACGAGUAUACAACGGAGGCACGACUCCGAAGAACAAUAAUUCCCCGACCCAUCUCCCUCAAUCCACGCAUGACGGACGAGCCUACAACGAUGGUGCCAAUCUGGAUCCCUCGGCGGCAGCCUCUUCUCAUCUCACUGCAUCGGCGAAUGGGGGAGGCCAGCUGUCACCCGGCAUGCCGUCGCCCACAUCCCCCGGGAACUUCUCACAGCAAACACUCGCAUCACGCUCAUACACUCGAGAAGGGAAGUCUAGCAAUUCCACUGGCCGUUCCAAUCACGAUCAUGGCGACGAUCCCCCACAAUCGAAUUCGACCUCGGCUCGAACAGAUCCCCCAAGUGGGACUUCUCGACCCGAGACGAGAGGAGGCAGUGAGCAGUCGAAUGCGCCUAGUGUUGAGAUCUUCAAAUCGUUCCGGGUCUCCAUGGAUGACCCAUGUCAUAAAGUCCUUCCCGCUGCGUUGAAGAAAUACAACAUCAAUGCGGACUGGCGACAGUAUGCUCUGUACAUCGUCUAUGGCGACCAAGAACGCUGCCUGGGGUUGGACGAAAAGCCAUUGAUUCUAUUCAAGCAGCUUGACAAGGAGGGGAAGAAACCCAUGUUUAUGCUUCGCAAGCACGCGCAACCCAUCGACGGUUCCAACCCAGCAGCAUACCCGGGCGGAACGGGUGGAUCCGCUCCCAACAGUGCGGGAUUCGAAAACAAACCCCCGCAGAGCCAGAUACAACUACCAGGUGGAGUGCUAUGA